AGCGCGUUCUGUCGACGACGGUGCUGCUGGCAAAUGGCGGCGCCGUGGGCCCGUCACUGGUGUCGGUGUCACGAAGUGGUGGGAAAACUCCGGGCUUCUCAGCAGCUUUCUCCUGAGCGGGGUCUAAAACUGCGAACGUCUCCCUCGCGAGAAUUUGGUGUUUCCUGGCACAGGCUGCGCGUUGCAAAUGCUCUUUGUUGCCGUAUCCGAAGCUGGCCGUGCCGCAUUCACAGUCUCGUUUUCACGUUGCUCGUCCCUGACGGGGUGCGCAAAGCUCGUGGCUGUGUUGAUCUGGGGUCUUCCGCUACACAAACGGUAGACGCUGAACUGCGAGCCACUGCUGUCUGAGCUACAGCGCGCAGGUUUUCUUAGGCAUGCCAUCACCUGCCCGAAGUUCCGCCUGGACGAAAUUUGGCCGCUGUCCUGGCGGUACCGAUGCCCACAGCCCCGCGGCUGCAGGUUUCCCGUCAGCGCUGGGUGCUGCGCACGCAGGUUAGGGGGGGGCUGAUUCCUGGCCUGGGCCCCUCUGCAAUGCAAACAGCUUAUAGUUAUUAGAUGUCAAAGUUUCUUUUACUUGUGACUUCAUUUUUUUGCCUGCCUUGCCUUUCUUUUCUGCUGUGGGAGUAGAAUUGACUAUGAAGGUCGGUGUGACUGACGCUUUGCGUUUGUAUCUUUUUGUUGAUGCACCUUGCAAGAUAUGGUAGUGGAUAGACAAAUUAUUUUCUUGCUUUUGUAGACUAUUUGAAAUAUGGAAUUUCAGAGGACAAAAUUUUGCACUGGGCACAGUUCUAACACGAACAGUAGGGUCCCGCAUAGUAAUUUUUUUUUUUUUUAGAAGUGCAAUGAAGGAGGCUGAGAGAGCUGCCCCCUAGAAAAGAUGCCUGUUGCUCACUUUCUUUCUUGUGCUUUGCAGAGUUCCAGUGGAAAUACCAAUGUGAAAGAUACUCAAGAAUGUUUUAAUUUCUUCAGCUUGUAUUCCUUGCUGUAUAGGUAGGCACAGAAACGUAUAAUACAUUUGUUUUAUUUUCUCUUCUACAAUGAUGAAUUAAAACAACUUCAGACAGGUGUGCGAAGUAUUGGCAGAACUGGUUUUACAUCAUCCUCUCAUUUGUUUAGUUGUUCUGAACUGAUAGGAGUCAGUUUGCUUUCAACAACAAUAACAAAAUCUGAAUUUUUAAAGGAGAAAUGUUGCCUGUCUUUUGCAUCUGCUUUUGUUAUAUUACCUACUAGCACAGAAAUCUCGAUCUAAACUUCGUGGAUAUAAGUUUCAGUAUUUUGUUUAAUAUUGCUGCUUAAUAUCACCAACUACUUGCAUAAUAGUUCUAGUGACUUUAAUACAAGCAAAUCUCUAACUUUGGUGACAAGACCAAUAUUAGACAAGUAGAAUUUCUCCCUUGCAGAUGUUGAUAACAUCAGCUGUAAAAAUCAAUACUUCUGGUUAAAUUGCAUAUACCAUUUCUCAUGCUUCGCAUAUAUCAAAACAAGUUAUGAAGUAACAAGAUGUGAAUCAGAACAGUUCUAUCAUUGUCUGCAAAUCUGUACGCAAGCAUUCUUUUUCUGUGUUGAAGCUGAGGCAAGAAUCAGAUUUUUAGGCAUAAAAAGAGAGGUGUUACUUUAAUAAUGGUAUUUGGAUGCUUAUUUAUGUGAAGACCGUGCUCUAAGAAAGAGACCGUAUAACUGGCACAGAUGCACGAUGCAAAGCUUUCUGUGAAGCUGUUGGUGAGGGAAUGAAUCAAGGAUCCUUAAGCUGACUCUAACCUUGCAAGCAUUUACACAUGCAAUGAUGAUGAUGCAGUAGUUGCCCCUAUAUUGGGACGUCAGUUUGGCAGUGGUUGGGUCCUCUUCUGUUUCUGCAUUUCUGAGUGUGUGCCCAUCUGAAGAUGGAGCAUGCAGAACUUAUUUGAGUUAUGUUGUGCCUUGAAUUCUGUGUGCUCUGUCCUUGGGAAGCAAAACAACUCAAGAAGAUUGAGAAGAACUGGUACUAGAAGAUCUCAUGUAUUUUAUGGGAAUAAAUUGAAAUACAGAUCUCCAGAUCUUCCUUGUUCAAGUCCAAAAUGGCUAUUUAAAUAAAACAAGUGGAUGGCAAGCUCUCUGUUACACUGAGCCAGGGUUUAGUUUCGCUCCUGACUCUAAACAAGCAACGCAGUUGAUUACGUGUUGGGAAUGAGCACAAACAUUUUGUUAGUGGCUGGGUACAGAGAACAAAUAUGAGAUUUCCUCACUUUCUGUACUGUUUGUACACUCUGUCCAACUAACCAAAACAUGUGAAUACACAUACAUUAUGCCAUCUCCUGUGCUGUGAUUGCCUUUCAAACAACGCUCAUCUCCUGAAGCUUGAAAAAGCCUGCUGGGCUAGCCCAGAUGGAUGCAAUUUUGAACUGCAGACCGGAAGAGUUGGAAGAUUACUACAACUUGCUAGGAUGUGAUGAACUAUCUACGGUUGAACAAAUUCUUGCAGAAUUUAAGAUUAAAGCCCUUGAAUGUCAUCCUGACAAACACCCUGGAAACCCCAAAGCAGUGGAGAAUUUCCAGAAGCUGCAGCAAGCUAAGGAGGUUCUUAUUAAUGAAGAGAGUCGAGCGCGCUAUGAUUACUGGAGGAGAAGCAAAAUCACAGUUCCUUUCCAGCAGUGGGAAGCCCUGAGCAGCUCUGUGAAAACGUCAAUGCACUGGGCUGUCCAAAAUAAGAAGGAUCAAAUGCUGGAAGCUCCUGACUUGAAUAAUAGCAACAGCUUAACUAAUGAGAUUUGGACCCAGAAAACUGAAAACAAUGAAGAUGGAUUGUCUGAUGGGAACAGGGAGCAAGAUGUUGCAAUUCCUGAUGUAAAACCGCAGUCUUCAAAGAAUCCAGACUCCCCAAGAUUUUCAGAGGCAAACUACUGGCACUUACGUUUCCGCUGGUCAGGGGAUGCCCCAUCAGACCUUCUGAGGAAAUUCAGAAACUAUGAGAUCUAAAAUGCAAAAUACACAGGAGUGUGAGGUCAUCUGUUCAAUAAUUCAGUAUUUUUUUUUGCUGCAGUUUUAAGUUAUUUGUAUUUUGUAUUUGUUCAUUGUGAUUUGAACAUUGUUUGAAUAAAUGUUGUCUUAAUACUGAUCUGUUAAUGCUAUUUCUAUGAGCAUUACAGGUGGAGGUCUGUUUUUAAUAAGAAGGUUGAGUAAGCAAAGCCCUUUUCAGUAUUGAAGUAGAGUGACUUGGUGUAGUUAUCUAAUUUCUUAUAUACUGUUUCUUGUGCUUUUAAAUAUUGUGUAGUAUGUAAUAUUUUUUUGGUUUUGUGAUAAGAACGUAUGCUCAGUAGAACCAAAAAUCAAUGCUAGAUUCCAGGAUAUUACGCUAUUAAAUGACAAUCUUCCAAAAGCUAUAUGACAAUGAACUUAAAACUGUGCUUCUAAACUGUGUACUUCGUUUCUCUUCUCUACUAGAUUGUACUUACUGCAGUGAUUUGUAAUGCAUGCACUCACAGUACUUCUACAAGCUUAACUUGUUGGACAGUUGUAAUUUUACAAUAUAAAUGAAAUAAGAACCUUAUUAUUAUCCGGAAGGUAACCAUGGCGGAUCAAGCACUCUCAAAACUUACUUGUGUUCUCUCUUAAUAAGUAAGCUUUUUGCACCAACUAUUUGUUUUAGAAGGCAAUUUCAGAACCUCACUUCAUUGGAUAGAAACUCUUCUUGUUAAGAUUUGUUGGUGGGAAUCUGAUACUUCUUGUACAUAUGGCAGCAUUGUCCUAGCUUAUAGUUACUUUCUUCCCUUCUGUGGCCUCACAGACAGACAUACAAAAUCCUGAUAUGACCCUAACUAUGAAGAAUCAGGCCAGCCAGCACUAAUGUGUUUAAAAUCUUACAUGAUAAGUUUUUGAAAUGUUGAGUGACUUCUCAAAUUCUAUGUUGUGUGUAUUUUGCAUUUGCUUUCUUCUUUGUAAUCUUGACUAGUAUGUCAGCUUACUGACAUUGUGUUCUUAUGUGGGCAAGUAACUCUGAAAGCAACAAAUAAAACUACGUACGUACAAAAAGAA